AUGUUUGAUGGAGAAAGUAAAAAUAGAAAGAUUAAUUUGAGCGGGAAAAAAAAUGUCAUACUUAACAAAAACACAUUUAUUGAAAAAGCUCGAAAAGAAAAAGAAAUAAAUUUAGCGUAUAAUAAAAGAAAAAAUUCAUUCAAAGUUAUAAGUAGUUAUGUCCAAUAUAAAGCAAGUAUAUCAAGACGGCAAAAUGAAAUCCAUAUCAAUCUAUUAAAAAGAGUUAAUGAUGUAAUAUUAUUAGAAAAAAUAGUUUCACAAACUAUAUAUAAGCAAGCUUUAGAAAUUUGUUUAUAUGAGUUUUCACUUCAAUCCUGUUUUAUAUAUUCAAAAUGGAGUUGCUACAAUUAUUAUAAAUGUAUGAAAUUUGAAGGAAUAUAUGCUCCGGUAAAAAUUUUGUUAGACAUAAUAAAACUGCAUAAUAAGUUGAGUUUAAUGAAAAAUGUUAACUAUAAAAGUAGCGAUUUAUUGAAUUCAGAAAUAUAUGAACAAGAUUUGAGAUCCGAAAAAUCUAACAAAGGGUCAUUAAAAGAAUCAGACGAUGAUGAUAAUAAUAAAGUAAAAAAUGUAAAUAUCGAGAAAAACAAAAUUUAUUAUAGGCACAAUAAAGAAAUAGAUAUUUUGGUGAAUCAUUUAGACAUCUUGAUUGGAAAUUAUUAUGCAUACAAUCUGAAUAUAUAUCGUGAGUAUUAUAAAGGUGGGAAAAUAAAUAAAAAAUCAAAAUGUUCAGUGACAAAAAAUAUUAUGAAAAGAACUAUUCAACAUGUUUCAAAUUCUGAACAAAUCAAUGAGAAUCAAUUAAAUAUUCGAACUAGCCAAAAUAGUGAUGAUUUUAUAAGAGUUCAAGAGUAUAUACAUUGUCAUAUAGAUGUAUAUGAAAGUAAUAUGAUACAUAUAUAUUAUUUAUAUAAUUUUAUUUUAAAUAAUCAAUUUAUUGAAGAAUUAGGAAAUAGAAUGAUAAAUGCUUCUGAUCAUUUUAGAAAUAUUGGUAAAGAAAAAUUAGUAGAAUCGAUUAAAAAAAUAUCCGACUAUAUAAUUUUAACAAUAGAUGGAUUAAUUACAGUCAUUAAACAUGUUCUAGUAUUUUGGAAUAAGGAUAUACAACUCUCUUUGCUCUGUGAAUCGAAAACUAAACUACUAGUAUAUGUAUGUGACAUAAUAUAUAUUUAUUUUUAUAUUUUAAAAAUACAAGGAAAUAAAUUAAACAGUAACUAUGUAAAUGACUUGAAAAAUAAAAUAAAUAUAUUAUUAGAUUUUUUAUUGUUAUAUAUAGCUCGAACAAAUACAUGUUACAAUUAUUAUUAUAUUUUUAUAUCACUGUUUAAAUAUAACAUUUUUGAAUUAUUUGCAUCUAAAAUAGAUGUGAAAGAUGAAUUAAUAAAAUUUAAAAAACUUUUAAUAUUAGUAAUAAAGAAAAAUUUAAUAAUAGACACAAAUAUAAUGAAGAAUAUUGUUUAUAGUAUUGAAAAUCAUAUUAUACGGGUCUAUUCAAAAAAAAGUAUAAUAUAUAGCCAAGAAACAUCUGAUAAAAAAAAUGUCUCAGGAAUUAAUAUAUUUAAAAAUCUUCUUUUAUUUAUUUAUACAAACAAAGAAAUAAUGAAUGAUAAUAUAAUAGAUUUAUUAUUAGAGAUAUACAUGUUUUUGCCACUUGUUCAUCAUCCAUAUAUAUAUACUGUUUCAGAUGAUGGUGCAUUAAAACAAGAAAAUGCGAAUAGUUCCGAUAUUUUAUCUACGAGUGAUUAUGCCCAGAACCCACCAAAAAAGGAUAUAACAUUUUUAGAUGUAAAAGCAAACAAAGAAAAUAGUAUGAAUUCGUUUGGAUAUAAAGAAAAUGAAGAAAUAUUAUUUUUUCUACAAAAUAAAGAAAAAAAAGUAGAUAAUAUAGGUUUAGGACAUUUUUAUAAUAAAAAUAUAAUCGAAUCAUUAAUAGAUAUAUGCAAAAGGUAUUGGUUUAUGAAAUUAGACAGUUUAUUAUUUUUGUUGAUUCCAUUUAGAAGUAUACAUAUAGAUGUAUUUAAAAUGUACAGGAACUAUUAUGAUUAUAUUAAAAAUAUAAAAGGUGAUAAAAAUAGAGAAAAUAAUGUUAAAAUAUAUGGAGAUAUUUAUAAUAAUAAAAAAAAUACCAAGCCAAUUGAUGGAAUAAAUUUUAUUCAAUAUUCUGAUGAAUAUAUAACAGAAAAAAAUAACCCAUCUACUAUCCUUAAUAAUAAUUUUGGAAAUAUUAGAACUAGUAUGAAUGUUAAUAAAAAAGAUAUAUAUAAUAUCAACAGUUUGAAUAUAGAAUCUAUUACACAAAAUAAGGUUUCUAAUUUGGAAAAUAAUAUUUUUCAGUAUUAUGAUAAAGAUUAUUUUUUUUCUCCAAACAAUUUAGUAGAAAUACGAGAUAAAAAAGAUGUAAUAAAUAACAAAAUAUUAAUAAAAAUUAAAAAAAUAUUAGUACAAAACAAUAUACAUAUAUAUUUAAUAAAAAAGAUAUACUUAUCAUGGAUGGAAAAUAAAAAAAAUGGAAAAACAGAUAAUGAUUUUUUGAAAAAUUUAUAUGAUUUUCCAUAUUUUGAUAAUAAUAAAAUGGUAAUAUAUUUGACUUCUUUUUGUUUUCUUUUUCAUUAUUAUAUUAUUACAAAUAUGUAUAAUAAAUUAAUUGAUAUAAAUAAUUUUAAAUAUAGUAAUUCAUUUAUGCUAAAUCCAUCAUUUAAAAAAAUAUCUAAAUUGUUAAUCUUAUCUCUUUGGAUUAUUUUAAAAAAAUCGAUAAAUACAAUAAGUAUAGAGUUAGAAAAUAUGUAUAUCAAUCAGGAUUGGAAACAAAUAGAAGAAUUAGUUGAUGAUAUAUCAGAGGAUGUUAUAUAUAAUGAUGAAAAUGAACAAUAUGAAAAAGAAUGUGAAAAAAAGGAGCAAAGUGAUAUAGAUUAUGUUGAUAGAAUAGAUAUUAAUGAAUCUGAGACGUUGAACCGAGAUUUUAUAACAAGUAUAUCCUAUUUUAGUGCACUAGAUGUUCAAAUAAGUAAUAUAAUAAAAAUAGAAUAUACCGAAGUAGAAAAUGAAACAGUAAAAAGCUGUGAUAAUGUAAAUAAUAGACAAAUUAAUUCUUUCAAAUGUCUAAAUUGUAAUAUUGAAAAUAUUUUAGAAUGGCUCAACGAUUUAGAAGUAAACGGUUUGAUAUUUGACGAAAAAAUCACAUAUUGCAAUAAUUGUAGUAAUUAUAAAAAUAAUAAUUUAGAUAUAUUUUGUGAAAAAAAAAUUAAUGACGAAACGAUGAACAAUUUAAGAAAUGAUGUGAAUAAUAGUGAACAGAGUUUAAUGGAAAAUAUUAACGAAAAUAACAAAAGAAGUAAACUAUCUAAUUUUAAUUAUAACAGGAAUCAAAAAGAAUCAGCAUAUACACACACAAUGAUAAAUUACUAUUUAUAUAAUAGUGAAAAAAGAGGGCUUGGUUAUAUAUUGCCAAAAAUACUUAAAAACAUAUAUGAAAUAAAUAAAUACUUAGAAAUAUUUGAUGAUAAUUUUUUUGUAAUAAAAGAUACUUACAAUUUGUUAAAAAAUCGAUUUAAUAUAAUAGACGAAAGCAAUAAUAUAAGUUAUAAUAAUAAUAACUAUGAUGAAGAUUCAUCAUUAUUUUUAGAAAAAAAUGAUAUAUAUAUAAAUAAAAAUAUAAAAUAUGUAACUAUAUUAGCUAAUUAUUUGUUAAGGCGUUGUCCAUUUACUAUCCCUUUCCACGAUCGUUUAUUAAUUUUUUAUAACCUUCGAAAUAAAAGUAAAGAAUCAGUACGUGAUGAUACACGAUAUAAUAUUUUGGAACGAAAAUAUAAUUAUAUAAGACGAACAAACAUAUUUGAGGAUGGUUUCAUAACUUUAAAUAAGUUAGAUUCUAUAAAUAUAAAACAAAAUAUAAGAAUUGCUUUUAGAGAUAAAAAUGGAAAUGAUGAAACUGGAAUAGAUGGUGGUGGAUUAUUCAAAGAAUUUAUGUUACUUUUGUGCCGAGAAAUUUUUCAUAAUAAAUUUAUUUUAUUUCAAUAUGCACAAAAUAAUACAUUAUUUCCUAAACAAUAUAAACAAAAUGAUAAUUUAAUUUUGUAUGAAUUUUCUGGAAAAAUUGUAGGGAAAGCUAUAUAUGAAAGAAUAUUAAUUGAAUCUGUGUUUAACAAUCUAUUUUUAAAUCUAUUAUUACAUAAUGAAAUAAAUAUAAAUGAUAUACAUUUUUUUGAUAAAGAACUUUUUAAUAGUUUAUUAUAUAUUCAAAAUACAGAUGAUGUUGAAAGCCUAGCCUUAACAUUUUGUACUUAUGAAAAUAAAAACCCAGAUUUCUUGAGUUUAUCACAAUAUAAUGAAAUUAAAAAUUAUUUCCUUAAUUUAAGUAAAAGAACUAAAAACUAUGAUAAUAUAAAUAAUCAAAGUGGACUUAACAGUUCAGUUUUAUUUUUUCAAAAUAAUCAAAAUAUGUAUAAUAAUAAUAUUAACACAUUUUUUAACAUAAUUAACAAUUUGGAUGUACUAAUAAAUACUAUUGAUCGUAAUAUAUCAACCAUUUCUCGAAACGAAGUUUAUCUGAAUUCUAUUUCAUUACAUGCAUCUAGGAAUAGUGGUUCCAUAAAUGAAAAUGAAAAUAUAUCAGAGAAUAAUUUAAACAUGCAUAACACUAUUAUUCCAUCUAUUUCUGAGGGAUAUAUAAAUACAAUAACCAAUAAAAUAAAUGACGAAAUGGAAAAUGUUGAUGAAUAUUCACAAAUAAAUAAAGCUGAAUCAUAUGAAGAAAAUAAUUUUAAUAAAAAUGAAUUUGAUUGUAUCGAUUUAAUAAAAAAUGGAAGAAAUAUAAAUGUGACUAAUAAAAAUAAAAGAUUAUAUAUAAAAUUGUAUAUAGAUUAUAAAUAUAAUAAAUUAAUACAAAAAAAAACUCAACAUUUUUUAAAAGGAUUAUCACAAUUAAUACCUAUAAAAUGGCUUAAACUUUUUAGCGCCCAUGAAUUAAAAAUAUUAAUAUCUGGUAAUGAUAAAUGUUUUGAUGUUAAUGAUUUACGAAAUAAUAUAAUAUAUAGUGGUGGAUAUAAUGAAAAUAGUAAAACUAUUAUAAAUUUGUUUGAAAUAUUAAAUAAUUUUACUUCAAACGAAAAAAGUUUAUUUCUUAUGUUUGUAACAAGUUGCUCAAGAUCACCAUUAUUAGGAUUUCAAGAAUUAUAUCCUAAGUUUUGUAUAUCUCGAAUCACAGAUAAUACACGAUUACCUACUUCAUCAACAUGUGUUAAUUUACUAAAAUUGCCUGAUUAUGAAACAAAAGAAAUACUUUAUAAAAAUUUAAUAACAGCAAUUAAUGGAACUCAAGGAUUUGAUUUAAGUUAA